GUUGAAAGCACAAAUGACUGGUCAACCAAAGAUGAAGGUCAGUUUCAAGGCCCUGCUGGUUUGUUGUUGUUGGAAGGAGUUUUUGUAUAAUGACAAGCCUUUGGCCCUGAAACAAAAAGAAAUGGAGGCAGCUUCAUCAGCUGGUGAACAGGAAAGGCUGAAGGAAGAGAACAAUGCCCACAGACGCUCAAUGGGAAACAUCUGGUUCAUGGAUGAGCUGUUUAAACAGGGGAUGAUUACAGAGGACAAUAUGCAUGAGUGCAUAAGGAAGUUGGUCAAACAGCAUGACGAGGUGUCACUUGAUCAACUCUGUAAGCUGCUCAGCACUGUGGGCCAAGACCUGGAUGCUGAAAAAGCAAAGUCAAAAAUGGAUGGAUACUUCAGCCAGCUGGAGCAAAUGGUCGUGGAGCGAAAAACAACAUCACGCAUUCGCUUCAUGAACUAGGACAUUAUGGACCUGCGACUGAACAACUGGGUGUCUUGGAGAAGUGCUCUGGGUCCCAGGACUCUUCAGCAGAUCCAUGAGGAGGUCAAAAAGGAAGAGCAGGUGGAAGAGAAGGUCCUUCAUAGGAUGAGAAAAGUGGUGCAGAGAGAAGAAGCCUGGAGCUCUGUGUAUUCAGUGGACAACAACAGGACCACAGUGGCCAAUAAUGUUCCCAAGAGUUCCAAGGUUGCUACCUUAUGCAGCUCAGAGGCAGCAGGCCUCUCUCCUGAGCCCUCAACACUGAAACCAGAGAACUCAGAGGAGCCCUCAACAUCAAAACCUGAGGGCAGACCACAACCAAAGGGCUUCAAACAGCCUUCUACACCACAACAACAGAAGCGUUCAGAGGAGACCUCCAAAGAAGAAUCAGAGGAGCCCUCCACACCACAACCAGAAGAGCCCUCCACACCACAGCCAGAGGUGCCCUCCACACCACAACCAGAGGAGACCUCCACACAAGAACUAGAGGAGCCCUCCGCAACACAACCAGAGGAGCCCUCCACACAAGAACUAGAGGAGCCCUCCGCACCAGCACUAGAAGUGCCCUCCGUACUACAACCAGAGGAGCCCUCUGUACCACAAACAGAGAAGCCCUCCACACAAGAACCAGAGGAGCCCUCCACAACACAACCAGAGGAGCCCUCCACACAAGAACUAGAGGAGCCGUCCGCACCACAACCAAAUGAGCCCUCUGUACCACAACUAGCGGAGCCCUCUACACAGGAACUAGAGAAGCCCUCCAUAUCAGUACCAGAGGAUCCCUCCGUACCACAACCAGAGGAGCCCUCUACACAAGAACUAGAGGAGCCCUCUACACAAAAAACAGAGGAGCCCUCCACACAAGAACUAGAGGAGCCCUCCGCACCACAACCAGAGGAGCCCUCUGUACCACAACUAGCGGAGCCAUCUACACAGGAACUAGAGAAGCCCUCCAUAUCAGUACCAGAGGAUCCCUCCGUACCACAACCAGAGGAGCCCUCUACACAAGAACUAGAGGAGCCCUCUACACAAGAAACAGAGGAGCCCUCUGCACCACAACCAAAGGAGCCCUUCAUAUCAGCACAAGAGAAGCCCUUAUCACCUCAGUCAGAGGAGCCCUGCACACAAGAACUAGAGGGCUCAGAGGGCUCAGAAGAAUGGGUAGAACAACCAUCAAUACCCUUAGCUGAGCCCUCAACAAAAGCACCAGAGGUCUCAGAGCUUGCUAAGAGUUUUUCCACAUCGUCCACCCAAACUGAAGAAAACCAUGAGGAAGAAGAAAAUGGGAGGAGCCGUGACAGCAGGACUGGGAAGAGGAAUGUGUAAAAGACCAGAUUACAGUGGGGGUGGUGAUUAUCAAAGCCAUUUCCUUUGUUUUAAAGGCAAUAUUUUAUUAUAGGGCAUUUAAAGCAACUUGUGCAUAACAAAAAUUGUGCAUUGUAAAAACAAAAAAAAAUUGUGCAAAGUUUAAAAAAAUGGUGCAUUGUAAAAACAAUUUGUGCAAAGUAUAAACAAAUGUGCAUUGUAAAAGAAUGGUGCAAAGUAAAAAAUAAAUGUGCUUUGUAAAAGAAUGGUGCAUUGUAGAAAAAAAGAAAAAGAAAAAUUG